AGCCCGGUUAGGAGAACAUAGUCUAGUCUGACCGAAGUGGGAGUGCGGUGGCCUAUCAGAAGAAAUUGGUCGAAGAUAUAAUUCUUGAAUUAUUUUUGUUCUCGUAACAAAUUCAUCCUUGGAAAUAGGAAGGACCAAAAAGGCAAGGUGAUGAAAAGAUUAAAACAGCAGCAGCAUUCGGGUCGCCAUUGUUGUUUUUAAAAACUCAUCUGGAUCCGGAGAUAUGGGGCUUCUUUCCAACAGAGUUGAAAGAAGCAAGAUUAAAGCAGGCGAUCAUAUCUACACUUACAGGGCUGUUUUUGCUUACUCUCACCAUGGUAUCUUUGUUGGAGGUAAUAAAGUGGUCCAUUUUACCCGUGACCCCGUGACGCGUUCGGACACAAACGCACCUUCCGGUUCUUAUAAUGGAACGUCUGAACUACCGUCUUCAUGUUCAACAUAUCCAGACUGCGGUUUUAGACAACCAAACAGUGGAGUUAUACUGUCCUGCUUAGAUUGUUUUCUACAAAACGGAGCCCUUUACACCUUCGAAUACGGCGUAACCCCAACCUUCUUCCUUGCCAAAGUACGAGGCGGCACUUGCACCACCGCCACAUCAGACGGUCCUGGAACCGUCAUCCACCGAGCCAUGUAUCUGCUUCAAAACGGAUUCGGGAACUACGAUGUGUUUCAGAACAACUGCGAGGAUUUCGCUUUGUAUUGCAAGACAGGGAUACUGAUGGUUGAGAAGUCGGGACUUGGAAGAAGCGGACAGGCUUCUUCUAUGCUUGGUGCACCGCUGGCGGCUCUUCUUGCGUCCCCUUUGAAACUGCUGAUCCCGAGCCCCGUGAGCUCAGUGGGUGUUGCUACGGUGACAGCUGGCAUGUAUUGCGUGAGUCGAUAUGCUACUGACAUUGGAGUCAGAACUGAUGUUGUUAAAGUAGCUGUGGAAGAUCUGGCUGUGAAUCUUGGCUGGAUGGAUGGUCGACAAGAAGCGUUUCAAGAAAACGAAGCUUCGAGCGCUAAUAAUAAUCAAGUAAUUAAUCUUGAUUAAUCAAAUUUUUGUAAGAAUUUCUAAGGAAUUUGUUUGUUUUUGUUUGUUUAUUGAUGCUGAGAACAAAAUUUAUCUGUUGCAAAAUGUGAUAUAUUAGUCAUUCUAUCA